ACCUUAACCCGUUCCUAUGCGAUUAUCCGUCCCGAGCGGGUAGGAACGGAGUGGGAAUCGACGGGUUCGAAUGGUAUUGCCGUUACCUACCCUCACCCCACUCUAAUUCUGUCUCACUCUCACAAGCGGCACACCACCCUAGCUCUGAAGCUACCCACCCCAGCCCCAUCACCACCGCACGCUCGCCGCCGGCUGCUCGCGUCUCGCCGCGCCUCCCUCCGCCAGUGAGUGCUCGAGCUGUCCGUAUUUGUUGCUGCUCGUCGUCCGUGGUUGUUGCUGCCUGCACUGCAGCGCCCGUGGUUGUCUCUGCUCGAUUCUGCCUCUCAGUCUCACUGGAGUCUCGUCUCAGUCACAUUGCUGGCAUCUCGUCGUUCGUCUGUCUCGUCGCCGGCGUCUCAACGUCUCGCGGCCUUCCCUGGGCUCCUCUUCGCCGGCGGCAGAAGCAACUCGUGGGGUUGUCGCUUGCUUCGUCGCCUUCGGAUCCUCGCCCUCGCCGAGUCGCCGUGGACUGUGGAACGUUGUUCCAACUCCACAAUACUGUCACACGGUUCUUCUCCAACUGUGGCCGCAAAAGCCUUCGUGUUAAAAUCUCCGUUCUCAGCAACCACUUCUACAACAUACAUGCUCUCACUUAUACGCUUCAACUUCACAACUCUGUCGAUAAACCCUUGUGCCCGCAUGGUUGGAGAGUUCUUCUAUCAUUUCCCCUGAUUCUACUCCGAUACCUCGAUGUGAACCCUUCAAGGUUCGUUCGAAUUCAUAUCUCCAUUUGUCUGUGCUUGUUAUUAUUUUAUUUUAUUGUUCCGGGCUGUUCUGUAUUUCCUUGGUGGCGAGAGUUGGGUUCUGAUGGGUGUAUGUUGAUGUCGUUAACAUGUUUAAAUGGAUGUAUUUUUCUCGGAAGCAAACUGCACCCCGGACAGCGAUGUUUAUCGAGGUUGUAUAAUUCUGCAUCCGGGGCAUUGAUGUUGGAAGACCAAGUGUUUGAUGAAAGUCCAAAAUUUGAGCCCAAUGCUGUGAUGGAUUUUGGGGUAACCCGGUCAGUUCCCCGUGUUCCCACAACAGGGAGCGAAUUGUUUCCUUUAGUGGGUAAGGUGUUUAAGUCCUUGAAUUUUAGGGUUGCAAGGGAAAAAAGGUUUGGGAGUUGGGUUGAGAGCCAUGGGUUUUCUCAUUCAAUCAACUGUUUUAGGAUUAUCAUUCACAUAUUUGCUCUGGUGGGGAUGCGUUUGGAGGUGUUUACUUUGCUUAGGGAUAUUGUUGAGUUCUGCAAUGAGUCUGAGUACGACGCAUUUGAAUUGUUUUCGGCUUUGCUAGAUUCACCCCACCAUUUGGAAAGAUCAGCUAUCGUGUUUGAUGUGCUCAUGAAAGUAUUUGCAUCAAAUUCUAUGCUUGAAAAUGCUUUGAAGGUGUUUGUGAAUGCUAAGCAUGUUGGGCUUGAAAGUGAUAUAAUGUCUUGCAAUUUCUUGCUGAAAUGCUUGGUUGAAGCAAAUAGAGUGGAUUUUGUGAGGCCAUUUUUUGAAGAAUUGAAAGACUCUGGUCCAUCACCAAAUAUCUACACCUAUACAAUUAUGAUGAACUUUUAUUGUAGAGGUGGUCCUGGAUGGGAUGUAAAUAUUAGACGGGCUACCGAGAUUUUAGGAAAAAUAUAUAGUAGUGGGCAAAGGCCAACUGUUGUGACAUAUAGAUCUUAUAUUCAUGGACUUUGUAAAGUUGGUUCUCUUGAUGUUGCCUUCAAGUUAAUUUGCAAUUUGUCAUAUAGAAACAAGCCUCUCAAUAGCCAUUGUUUUAAUGCUAUAAUUCGUGGUUUCUGUAUAAGAGGUGCAGUUCAGAAAGCUUUUGAGGUUCUAGAAAAAAUGAAGAUCUCUGGAGUAGUGCCUGAUGCUUAUAGCUAUAGCAUUUUAAUUGAUGCACUCUGCAAGGAAGGCGAUGUAGAGAAAAGUCUCGACUUGAUGACGGAAAUGGAACGCUACCAAAUAAAACCAUCUGUUGUUAUCUACACUUCCCUCAUUCAUGGUCUUUGCAAAAGUGGGCUGAUGGAAUGUGCAAUAGAUUUUUUCAAUCGAAUUGGUGCUUCUGGUUGUGAAUAUGAUCAAACUGUGUAUAAAACUUUAAUAGAUGGACUUUGUAUGGAUGGUGAUAAGAAUUCAGCCACCAAGCAUUUGCAGGAGAUGAUUAUAAAUAAUUUGGUUCAUACUACUUUUGGUUUCCGCUUUCUAAUUAGAGGAUUCUACAAACUGGGACACUAUGAUAAGGCAUUUGAAGCUUUUAAUAUCAUGCUUCGACGUGGUAUCUCGCCAGAUACCAUCACUUGCAAUUAUGUUCUUAAUGGAUAUUGUAGGGAUGGACGCUUGGAAGAAGCAUUAAAACUGUUGGAGGAAUUAUCAGAUCAUGGUAUUACCCUGAACUCACAUUCAUAUAAUGCAAUAAUGUACAGGCUUUGCAAAGAAAGUUAUCCAGAAAGGGCAUUGGAGCUCUUGCCAAGAAUGCUCAAAAGGAAUACAGUUCCCGGAGUUGUUAAUUAUAGUACUCUUAUAUCAGGUUUUUUCAAACAGUUGAAUUUUAGAAAGUCUGUGAUGUUAUUCACAAGAAUGGUAAAGGUAGGGAUCGCUUUCAACAACAUCACAUACACGAUUCUUAUUAACAUAUUUUGCCGUAGUGGUCAAAUGCAUCGAGCUUGUGACAUUUUUCUUAAAAUGAAAGAAAGAGGUUUGUGUCUGGAUGUGAUUACAUAUACAUCUUUAAUAGCUGGCUUUUCUGAUGCUGGAGAACUGAAGGAGGCCGGGCUAAUAUUUGAGGAAAUGUCGAGGGAGGGCUGUCGGCCAAAUGUAAUUACAUAUACUUGUUUGAUUGAUGGAUGUUGCAAGUCAAACCAAAUAGAUUUGGCCUGGCAGCUGUUUAAUAAAAUGAACAAAGAUGCAGUUAAACCCGAUGUUGUAACUUAUACUGUGCUGAUUGCUUGGUAUCGUAUGCAUGGACGGACAGCUGAGGCACAUAGCCUAUGUUGCGAAAUGAAGAGAAAGGGUAUUUUUCCGGAUGAUAAAUUCAUCAGGAUCUGUCGAUUUGAUACUGAAUACUGGCACAACACUUGAAAGUUAGGAGGCUGUACAAAAAUUUCUAUGAUAUCCAGCCGGUAUGUGUUUUGACAUAAUUCUACUUGUAGUUGACAUACCGAAUAUUAAUGCCAGUUUAAUAAACUUGCCUGCUAACUGCUAUUUGGUGUAACCCAUUUAAAAUAGUACAAUGAUAAUUACGUCUGUGUUUCCCAAUAGCUGUAUCUCUCUUCUAGAUCCAUUUUAUUUUGUGGUUACUUAUCAUUAUUGUACUGAUACAUCUAAUUGCCCCACUUGCUCACAAAUGUAAUAUGUAUUCUUUGACACAUUUCAACUACCAUAUGAGAUAUCAUAACAAUAUCGAUGGUUGGUAUUUAGUACUCUCAUAUUCUGUAAUAAAAUUAAUCAAAUUAAGAUACAUUGUUUA